CUAGAAUAGAAGACAACACAACCUUACAUCUGUGCUAAGGAACGGAGCUGUUUCAUUCUUGUGAAAGUCCAUCUGACAAGUCAUGAUGAAGAUCUCUAUUUUCGUUGUCUUGUUGCUCGGCCUACAAGAUGUGGCGUCAGUUAUGCAUUCAUGGAAGGCAUUUUACACCGGGACCACUGGUAUGAGUGAGUUCCCUGAAUUUGUGGCCUUGAAUCUUCUGGAUGAUGAGCUGAUGGGGUAUUUUGACGGCAAGACCAACAGAUUUGAAGGCAAGCAGAGCUGGGUGACUGAGAAGUUGGGCCAGGAGUAUGUGGAACGACAGACUAAUGUUCUGCAAGGCGUAGCACAAACCUUCAAAGGCAACAUAGACAUUGCAAUGAAGCGGUUUAAUCAGUCACAAGGUGUUCACAUUGUCCAGUUCAUGUACGGCUGUGAGUGGGAUGAUGAUACUCAAAAGGUUACUGGCUAUCAACAGUAUGGCUAUGAUGGGGAAGACUUCAUAACAUUGAACAUGGAGUCAAACACAUAUCUUGCACCAAAACAACAGGCUUUCAUGACUACAGACAGAUGGAACAAAGACAGAGCUUAUCUGGAGAGUUUCAAGAACUAUGUCAACCAAGAGUGUCCUGACUGGCUGAAGAAAUAUGUCAACUAUGGGAAAAGCUCUCUGAUGAGAACAGAGCUUCCUUCAGUAUCUGUCCUUCAGAGUGGGUCCUCCUCUAAAGUCAGCUGCCACGCUACUGGUUUCUACCCCAACAGAGCUGAAAUGUUCUGGAGGAAAGAUGGAGAGGAGAUUCAUGAUGGUGUGAUUAAAGGAGAGAUUCUCCCCAACAAUGAUGGAACCUUCCAGAUGAGCGUUAACAUCGAUCUGUCAUCUGUUCCAACUGAAGACCGGACCAAGUAUGAAUGUGUGUUUCAGCUCUCUGGGGUCAAUGAAGACAUCAUCCAUAAGCUGAACAAUGAAUCAAAUAUCACCAAGGUGAUCAUCCCUAUUGUUGCUGCUGUGGCUGUCAUUGGCCUCAUUGUGAUUGGAAUCAUUCUUUACAAGAAGAAGAACGCCAAGCGUCCACCUUCUCCUGUGGUGAAUGGUCAGCCCCCAGAGGAAACCCAGUUUCUUCCACAAGCAUGAAGAAACUGAAACAGACCAGACAAAUAAGUUCAUCAGUAAAAACAGAAUUGACAAAAGAAACUGCGCCACUUUCUCUAUUAUUGGCAACUUGCAAUUUAGCUAAAAUUUUAAUAGAUUUCUUAUUAAUUCAGUUGUGAAAUUCAAGAAUAUUGUACAACAUUAACGGGUUCAAAGACUGUUAAAUCAAAUGGAAGUGAUAUUGAUAUUUUUAUUGUCUGGAAAGGUAUUGAAAUUGUUUGUUGUUUUUAAUAAUUCAAGCAAAGCUCCAAUUUGCAUCCAAACACAAAUACUCUGACAAUUGGGGUUUAAAUCUGCCAAAAGCAAACACAUUUUUAUCUCUGGAGAUGUUGACUGCUCUGCCAGAAAGUGUAAUAAAGUAUAUUGUGUAUUUGUGUUAAACCUUUGCUGAUCCAAUCAACUAUCAAUACAUUAUUCUGCCUAGCUAUCAGAUAUUAACUGGGUUAAGUUUUACCUCACAGUGAUGAUUACACAUAAAUUUAAUUUCUUGACAGGUUUAUAUCCACCUAAUACACACUUAAAUAUUUUUGCUUUUGGGUAAAUUAUAUAUUUUUACUUAUAGCUUAGUGUGUAUCAUUUAUUGUGUCUGUCUUAAUUUUUUUUGUUUUGUUUUUUUUUGUACCAAUUGGUCCUGGCCUGGGGUUUGGGGACCACUGGUGUAAAGAAUAUGCCUUUGUUGUUUUAUAGGCUUUAUGAUCUGGGGUUUAAAUAAUUUCUUGUGUUGGGUUUAGUAUAUUGAUGUUCUGUUAAAUCCAUCUCUGUAAAUUUGGUGUGCUUUUAAAUAAAUUUCCACCAAAUCCA